AUGAUUUUGCUAAAUUAUUGUGGGGAUAACAACUGCCAUAUGGAAUUGUGGUUUGGAAAAAAUGAUUAUCUUUUGUUCAAGGAUACUGGACCAUCAACACUUGAUCUUUCAGUCUUUAAAGAAUGUGUUUUCGAGAACUCUUUUAUCGCUAAAAUUAUAGCUGAUGACGGCAUGAUUUUCAUGGCGAACAAAUUCUGGAGAGAAUUUUACGGCAAGACUUUUAAAGGUGGAUCAGCAACUCUGUAUGUGGGAGAUAGGUUUUGGAAUGUCAAGAUGGAUGGAUGGUCAGAUAGAAUUGCUUUCACUGAUGGAUGGUCUAAGCUGAUUGAGGAUCUCUCCUUAGAUACCCGGUGUAAUUUUGUAUUUACAAUGGUUGGAUAUAAAACUUUUGAGCUGUUUGUUUUUAAUCAUGAAACCAGUUCUGAAAUUUAUUUCAAGAAGGUUAAAGUUAUUGCGUCCGAACAAAAGGAGAAGUUGAAGACUGAAGAAAGUGACUGUAACACCCCAAUCGCGUAAUAUAACAACACGCGGCGGAAAUAUCGGGGAGUCAUGUUACAAAUUGCUCACAACUACUGGUACUAAAUUGUUUCAAUAUCAUUAACAUCGUUUUACAAACAAAGAAUACAUGUAAUUGUUCUUUUAUUUUAGAAGUCUAAUGCCCGUAUGCAGUCCUAUGCGUUGCAUGCUUGAACAAU